UACUGUUUCUGUUUGUAGACACAAACUCUAAUGAUUUAAUUCCUACUAAUUUUAUAAAGUUUCUAGUUUAAGUAAAGUAUGAAUCGAGACGAUUAAUGUGUACAUAAGAUUAUUUAUUUUUAUAGAAACGUAAGAUUAUUCGAAAUGAGUAACCCUGGAUCUUCGCAAGCACCGAUCGUGCAGGAGUUCAAAAUACGUGUACCAAAGAAUGUAAAAAAGAAGUACCAUGUUAUGCGUUUCAAUGCGACCCUCAACGUGGACUUCGCGAAAUGGACACACGUCAAGAUGGAGAGGGAGAACAAUAUACGAGAAUUCAAAGGAAUGGAAGAGGAGAUGCCUAAAUAUGGUGCAGGUUCUGAAUAUGGCCGUGACGUGAGAGAAGAGGCUCGUCGCAAGCGAUUCGGGAUACAGUCCCGCAAAUAUAAAGUUGAGGAUCAGCCAUGGAUUCUCAAAGUUGGAGGCAAAACUGGGAAAAAGUUCAAGGGUAUCCGUGAGGGUGGCGUAUCGGAAAACGCAGCGUACUAUGUGUUCACACAUGCCGCUGAUGGUGCCAUAGACGCUUAUCCUUUACAAGAGUGGUAUAACUUUCAGCCUAUCCAGCGGUACAAGGCUUUGUCGGCUGAGGAGGCCGAGCAAGAAUUCGGAAGACGCAAUAAGGUGAUGAACUACUUCUCACUGAUGUUCCGCAAGCGCAUGCGUGGCGACGAGGCCGCGGACGACGCUGACGAGGACAACGAGAAGAAGACUAAGGGAAAGGCUAAGAAAGACUUGAAGAUAUCAGACAUGGACGAGCUGAUGGAGUCCGGAGACGACUCGUCUGACUCGGAGGCCGGCGAGAAAGAGGACUCCGACUCUGGAGCCAAGAAAGCGAAAGACAAGAAAAAAGUUGCCGCCACAAAAAAGAAGAAAAAAGUGGAAGAUGAAGCGUUCGAGGAGAGUGACGACGGAGACGAGGAGGGCCGCGAGAGGGACUACAUCUCGGACUCGUCUGAGAGUGAGUCGGAUCACGAGAUGAAGGUGAACAAGGAACUGAAGGGUGUCGCUGAAGAAGAUGCGCUCAGAAAACUACUGACUUCCGACGAGGACUCUGAAGAGGAACAGGAACAGAAGCAGGAGUCGGAACAAGAUGACGAGCCCACCAAAGAGGGGGAGGAGAGAGCGAGCAAACUCACGAAGAAGAAGAAGAAAGACGACGUCAAGAAGGAUAAAGAAUCGAGUAGCGAGUUUAGUUCCGACUCGGACACGGACCCCGAGAGCGGCGGCAAUAAGAAAUCGAAGAAGAAUAAGAAUGAGAAGAAUAGUGAUAAGAACGGAGCGGCUAGCUCGUCGGCGCCGGGCAGCGCUAGCACGUCGCGCGCGGGCACGCCGCCGUCCGCGGCGGCGGCGGCCGUGGCGGCCGCCGCCGCCGCCGCGCACCCCGCCAAGCGCGCCCGGCUCGACCCCAGCUAUAUCAACGAAUGCGGGGUGACAGAGGAGGCGGUGCGGCGGUACCUCGCCAGGAAACCAAUGACGACCACGGAACUAUUGACCAAGUUCAAAUCUAAGCGUACAGGGGUGCGCAGCGAACGGUUGGUGGAAACUAUGACCCAAAUAUUGAAGAGAAUCAACCCGGUCAAACAGAACAUCAAUGGGAAGAUGUAUUUGAGUAUAAAACAGUCGUGAUUGUUAAUAAAAUUGUUGGUUUAAA